CGAAAAAACAUGCGCCCUAAAGUAAGGUGAGAUUCAUCCGAUUCAAUUGUUUCUCGCCGAACAAUGAUUUAGAUCGGAAGACAUACAUUUCACGUUCAAUUAAGUGUCUGAGUGAGUUUCAACAGGAUGGGUUAAGAUAAACAAAUCUAAUCCAUUCCUAUUCUUGUCGGUUCAACGGAAAGAAAACCCACUCUCUCCUCUCUCUCUCUCUCUCUCUCUCUCCAUGUGCGUCAGUGUCUGUCUAUUUGUGGAUUUGGGUACAGUUGUACUGGUGUAGGCAGCUGAGCGGAUGGUCGGAUCAGCUCAGCCGUCCAGCUUUCCAUUUCCCAUUUGCGCAGUGGGUCCCACAACCACCCACUUUAUAACCACAGCCGCCGCUCUCCGCCUCGGCCACUUCCUCCACAGCCGCUUCAUUAGCAACAGCCUUCACUUAGGAAUUCUCAGCCACUCAUUCUUCAAGAAUAUCUCUCCUCUUCGUCAUGUGCCUGCGAUAAAGGAUGUAUGGCAUGAAAGAGCUCUUAAAUUUGGAGGCUGUAAUUUUCUUCAAUGGUCAUUAUAUGAUGCUUCCUUUUCCACGUGCUCGUCUUGCUUAUGUUUCUUUAGUGGAGAAGAAAGUAGAAAUGACUCCACCAACAUUGGAAAGACAUACUCAGAUGCAUCUAGAAGAGUCUCAUCUGAUGGAAGACAAUGGACCAAUGUCCUACUUGCAAUUAAUGUUUUAGCCUAUAUUGCACAAUUUGCAACACAAGGGAAGCUAUUCUACUGGGGAGCCAAGGUCAAUUGUUAUUCCCUAAACUCCAUUGGCCCUGCUGUGGAGAAUAUCGGUGGUCCCAGAAGAUAUCUUGCAGUUUAUAUCAUCUCUGCAGUUACAGGUUCAGCAAUGAGCUAUUGGUUCAACAAAGCACCUGCAGUCGGUGCAUCAGGAGCAAUUUUUGGAUUAGUUGGAUCUUUUGCUGUGUUUGUCUUGAGGCACAGAGGAAUGGUUAAAGACAGCAAGGGAGACCUACAGCAUAUUGCCCGCGUGCUUAUCUUAAAUAUGGGUAUUGGGCUUAUUUCUAGAGGCAUUGAUAACUGGGGACAUCUAGGAGGCCUAAUAGGUGGAGCUGCUGCAUCAUGGUUUCUUGGUCCUGCAUGGAGGUACGAGUCCCUGUCCAGUGAUGGGCGAAGAGUGUUUGCUGACAGGGCACCAAUUUUCUCCCUAAUUAAUAGAAAAAGAGCACCUCGAUAGUACAACUUCCCAUAGUAUCUGGGUGUUGUUCGGAGAACUUGACUGAAGAUAAGGCUCACUCAUUUCAUCCGCUUAUGAUUUGGACAGUCAUUUACUUCUGAAUUGGUUCCAAUAUGUAUAGGGUUGAGCUAAAAAAACAAGUAUUUUUUCAAAAUGACUUUGUCUAGCUUCUUUGUAAGACAAUUAUUAGGUGGAACCUGAACUGAACCGAACAGGUCCUUUUCCUCUCUCUGACGAAGAAGCCGAGAUGUGGCUUUAAAUUAUAUUUUUGUAAAAUAGUU